AUGUAUGGUUCCAUUUGGGGAGCGCAUCGUAUCGGCAAACCGCUCCCAUGGGACAAUGAUGUUGACAUUGGAUUUGAUGGUGAAGGAAUAUUUGCAGAUAUGACCUUGGAUGAAUUUCUUGCUCCUUUUGUGGCAGCAGGUUUUAAAGCAAGUAACAAGUGGAUACAGAAAGGAACCAUGUAAUUCACAAAGAGGGUUUGUGGUUGUCUGUCGAUCUGUUUGCAUUCUACAAUCAUGGAGGUACUAUGACGAGGACGGGAAUAGAGUCAUGGGCCUUUGCUCUCAAUUAG